UCCAUAUAUGGUCACACAGGUGUGUCUGCAGCUUGACAGCCGUGCAGAAAAAGUUGUAGAUUUGAUCUGUAGUUUGUGAGAGACGCACAUAACGGACACACUCAGGACUUUAUCUGCCACACAGCACACAGCAGCAGAAGAAGAAGAAGAAGAUGCCGCUCUGGAGAGGACUGAUGGAUCACAAUAAGGAGGAGUGUAACCGGGCCGUGCUGGUGUCUGUGGGGGAGUUUGACCCCGGCGUGGGUCUGAGGAGGAGGCCCGGAGCCAAGAAGGACACCAAGAGACUCCACAGCACCCUCAGCAAGCUGGGCUUCAAGGUGGACUUCCACAGCGACCUCACCGGGGACGAGAUCUACGAGCUGUUCCGCAAAGAGAGCCGGCGGCCUGUCAGGGACUGUUUCCUGGCCGUCCUGUCGUCUCACGGGGACGAGGGCUGCGUGUUCGGGGCUGAUGGGACACCUGUCCAGCUGUCUCGUGUCUUCUCUUAUUUUGACAAUGAAUACAUGGAGACGAAGGCCAAAGUCUUCCUCAUACAGGCGUGUCGGGGAUCAGACCUGGAUGACGGUGUGGAGGUGGAUUCAGCUGCAGACAGCAGCUUCUCUCAACAUCUGUCUGUUCCUGUAGAUACAGCUGUGAUGUACGCCACGCCGCCAGGUUACGGAGCGUUCAUGCACCCGCUGGGCUCCGUCUUCCUGCAGACGUUCUGCACGUUACUAACGGAGAAGGACAACCGUAACCUGGAGCUGACGCGCCUGAUGACGCGGCUGUCCCACAGCGUGGCGUACGGCUUCCAGGUGCAGCGCGGCGAGCUGGCCGGGAAGAAGGAGAUGCCGUGCCUGCUGACCAGGCUCACCAGGGAGGUGUUCCCCUUCGCAGAGCCGGGGAAGGAGGGCGGGCCCACGGGGCUCUCGGCCACCUCGCUGGUCGCCACUGAAAACGUGAGGAAGAGGACGCCAUCCAUCAGUUAGAGCGCUGCGUACGUGACUGAGCACGCUCGUCACGAUCAGCAGGAAUGUGGACUGAGAACAUGGUGUGAUUUUACUCACGCCAUCCUGCAGAAAAUCCAAACGUGUCAAACAGGAAUUGUCUGCUGAAAUAUUCUGCAUAUUUUGUACAUAGCUCUGGAGUCUAUACAUAUAAUAUAUAAGCUUUAUUUAAUGUUUCUGUGUGUUUGUAAACUAACAA